AUCGGUGGCCGCGGGCUGCGCGCCGCACCGCUCGCUCCCUCCGCCGCUGCCCUUCCCACCGCUCCGCCUUCCCCGCGGCCGCGCCUCGGUUUCUCACUGCGGGCACCGAGGGGCGGCAGCGCAGCCAUGUGUCGCGGGGGCUCCUCACAGGCGGGCGCGGGCCGGCCGGGCCUCGGCGCCGCGUGCUGAGGGGAGCGGGGCCGUAGGGCCGCCCCGACCGGCCGUUCCUCCGCUACCGCCGCUCCGCGCCCUUCCACGCCCUUCGCUGGCCGGAGCAGCCGCGAGCGGCCGCGGGUCUCCCCCGAGGCGGCGCGGAGCAGCCGGCGGGCCGCCUUUGUCUCCUGCGCCGCGUCUGGAACUGCAAAGGCGCAGCGCGAAGCUCCCGGGGGCUGCGAAGAUCCCAGCCGGCCCUUCUUACCCUGCGCCUUCUGCUCUGCUUUUUAAGUUAUUUUUUUAACAAUAUUUUUUCCGCAUGGGUGGAGACUCUUUCAGUCUUUGGCCUCGGUAUUUUUAACUGUUUUUUUUCUUCCUUCUGUGUUCACGUAUCUGCAUUGAAUGAACUAAUAAAGAUGGAUAAGAAAUCAUUUGAAACCGUGCUGGAUGAAAUUAGAAAGGCUGUAUUGACUGAGUACAAAUUAAAAGCUAUUGAAUAUGUUCAUGGAUACUUUUCUAGUGAACAGGUUGUUGAGUUACUAAGAUACUUUUCCUGGGCGGAACCACAGCUCAAGGCAAUAAAGGCUUUACAACACAAAAUAGUGGCAGUUCCAGCAUCAAAAAUGGUUAAUAUUCUCAACUGCUUCACGUUCAGUAAAGAUAAACUUAUUGCCCUUGAAAUCUUAGCUUCCAAUAUUGUUGACGCUCAGAAUUACCGCCUUAUUGAAGAUCUUUUCAGAAUUAAUAUGUCAGAAAAGAAAAGAUGCAGAAGAAUUCUUGAACAGGCUUCAAAAACGGGUUGUAAGGCUCCUCAUGCUAUGAUAUCAUCUUGUGGCAUGAUUCCUGGCAACCCUUAUCCCAAGGGCAAACCAAGCCGCAUAAAUGGAAUUUUCCCAGGAACUCCUAUCAAAAAGGACACAGAAGAAUGUACCAAUGAAGGAAAGGGAAUAGCAGCCCGGAUACUAGGACCAUCCAAACCAGCUCCAUCAACCUACAAUCCACACAAACCAGUUCCAUACCCCAUCCCACCAUGUCGGCCACAUGCAACUAUUGCACCAAGUGCUUACAACAAUGCUGGCUUAGUCCCAAUGGCUAAUGUCAUAGCUCCAGGCUUGGCAGCUCCUCCACCAUACACUGCCAAUCAAGGGGUAUCAGAAAAUGAAGAACCUUCCAGCCAGGCAAAAGCUUCCCAAAGUCAAGCUUUUUCCGCACAAGCGAAUCAGCUCUUUACUCCUCAUGGUUCUAAUCCUUCAACACCUGCUGCUACUCCAGUCCCUACCCCAUCACCUGUCAAGACAAUAAGCCAUCCAUUAGCACCUGCAACUCCACUCAUCUCUGGGAUGAACAUGUCUACCCCUGUCCUUCCUGUUUUCCCGGGACAGGUCUCCUCUGCCAUCCAUACAUCUCAGCCAUCCACCCCAACACCUACUGUCAUCAAAUCUCUUUCAUUGCCUGGUGUUCCUGUCACAUCUGUUCAUAGUGCAACCUCUACCCCUGUCCCUGCAGUUUUUUCUGGGCUGGCCUCCCUCCCGGCUGCCACACCGGCUCCUCAGGGCUCUGCCACGCCGUGUGCCACCCCCACGCCCAGCGAAGCUUUCGCAUCUGCUACUGCACCUUUCGCUGGCCUCCCCUUUGCUGCAACCUCUUCAAUUGCCUCUGCUAAUAAUCCCACUCCAUUGUCAUCAGUUUUUGCUGGCCUCCCUUUGUCCUUGCCACCAAAUGCCCAAGGGAUUUCCAGUCCUGUGCCAUCUACAAUCGCUAAUUCUCCUGCCACUACCAUUCCUGGUUCACUUAACUUGCCUAACCCAAUUUUAUCUGUCUUAAAGGGAUUUCUGACAUCAAAUGACACUUCAUUAAUCAAUUCAUCUGCUUUACCUUCUGCUAUGACAAGUGAGCUUGCCUCUUUGUCUGCUCUUGCUAAUCAAAGCUCUGACCCUCCCACUUCCUCUGUCAACAAAUGCUACACUCCAUCAGCCACCCCCACCCCACAGCGUUCCUCCACACCUGGGCUGGCCAUUUUUCCAGGUCUUCCAUCCCCAUCUGUAGCCACUUCUAGUUCCACUCCUCCCACAUUGCCUGCACAGUCACCUUUAACCACUUCGCCAUCGAUUAUGCCAGUCAACUGUGGCUCAUCAGCCUCCCUUUUGCAUGGCACAAGCCCUACUAAUCCUGAUCAGCAGCUCUCAUCGGCCCCAGCUGCCACAAGUAUCCCAGUUCUGGUCAAAACAGAACCCAUGAGUCCUACGCUCUCAGCCUUCAAAGGUCCUUCUCAUUCGGCUGGCCCCUCUCAUGGCACUCUAGGACUGUCAGCACUGGGGCGUGCAUAUACCUCAGCAGCUUCAGUGCCAGUCAGCUUACCCAGUUCCCUGAAUCCAGUGCUGUCAGGUCUCUCCUCUUUGAGUGCUCCUCUGAACAAUUCCAGUUCUCUGGCUUCCAUUUCCCUCGCCCCACAUGGUUCCUCUGCUCCCAUUGCCCCCAUGUUCAAUGGACUUCCUCCUUUUACGUCUCUAACCAGUAACUUUGCUUUUACUGGUAACCCAGCGCUUACGCCACCCGUCACUCUCCCAGGGUCUUUGUUAGCUGCUCCGUCUACAGCCGCUUCCGCCGUGUCUGCCCCCCAUGUGAGCUCCACUGCCGCCGUACUCUCAGGACUCGCCGCCUCAGCAACGGUCUCUGCUCCACCCUUCUCGCUUAACUUGUCCAGUGCUGUCCCUUCCCUGUUUUCUGUUGCCCAGGGACCUCUGGGAUCAUCAAACCCAUCCUUCCCUGGUUUUCCUGUCUCUAACACACCCUCUGUCACUCCUGCUCUCCCUUCUUUCCCUGGCCUCCAGGCAUCCUCUGCAGUAGCAGCAGUUGCACCAUUACCGGCAGCUGCCACAGCCCCAUCUCCGGCUCCGGUCCUGCCAGGGUUUGCCUCGGCCUUUAGCUCAAACUUCAACUCGGCACUCGUGGCGCAGGCUGGCUUGACUUCUGGACUACAGACACCGGGGAAUGCAGUCUUUCCUGGUCUUUUAUCUCUCCCUGGUAUCCCUGGCUUUCCCCAAGGAGCUGCACAGUCCUCUUUGCAGGAGUUGCAGCACAGUGCGGCAGCACAGUCAGCACUACUACAGGCACAUUCUGCUUCUGCUCUGGAGAACUAUACAGCUCAGCCUGAAGGUUUUUCUAACUAUCCGUCAACGCCAGGAACACCAUUUUCCUUGCAGACGAGUCUGCCCCAGAGUGGAUGGCAAUAAAUCCCAGACAUUUUUAAAGACUGCGGUGCUGGCUUGGCAGAGCCUGAUCUUAUUCGCUUUUAAGGCUGUCUCUGUGUUAGUGGGAGCACAGCCUGAAUUGGGGAAAGAGGGGGGAAAACGUGAGGGUAAAAUGAUUCCAGAUGUCAAACCUAACUUGUGGUUGCGUUUAAUGGAUUCAGGGGCUGAUCCUGGGAACUGCUGAGCAUUCUUGUCUCUCCUUUUAGCUUAGGAGUUGAAUGUUUGAUGUCUCACGGGAUCAGGAACAUUCAGACAUGUUUAUGUAAAUAGAGUAAUUGGCUGUCAAACUGAAUGGGGAGGGAGAGUGAGUAUACUUAAUAGUGUGUAUAAGCACCUAUCCUGUUACGCUGUGUAUGGUAUAUGUGGUUAAUAUAGAAUGAACUCUAGACUGAAAGUAGAUACUUAAAGCUGUAGACGAGCUUUCGCCUACAUGCACACUUCUCGUGUGUGCAGCCAUCGAGGUCAGUUUAUGGUUCUUUGGAUCUUCUCUGAGUAUGUGUGAGGAUCUCCUGUUGGCAUCAGCAGUAUGUUCAGGGGAGGCUGGAUCAGAGGGGUGUGGGGGCUUUCUUAAUGCUUUGAAAUAUUGUCAUGGGCUUCCUGCUGAACUGGGUACUCCUGCCUGACUCUGAUCGGGAGAGCUGGGAAAUGAUGCUGUACUGUGUUUGGUUAGAAGCGGGUUAUGUUUUCAUGGAGUAUGGUUUAGCUAGCUGAGAAAUAUGUCUUUCCAAAGUACAUAAAAGCUUCUUAAUUUGCCUCUAAAAUAACAUUCCCUAACAAUCUCCUUGCCCCCACCACCUCUCUGUGAAUGAAAUGAAUUGUACUGCGGAUAGGCCGCCUAUCCGGCACUUUCGACGGCAGACUUUUGUGAAUGUUUACAGACAUGGUUCAAGUUCUUCUCUCCUUAUAUUCAUAAACUCACUGGUUGUUGUGACACUUUUUGGCUGUAAACCACAACUCGAUGGUGCUAAUGUGAUCCUGUGAGUAUAAGCGGGAGCAGAAUUUGGACCAUGGAUUUUUUUUUAGUAUUUUUCCUUGGAAAACAUACACGACUUUAAAGGCAUAUAGCUAAAUUAACUGUAAUGGGUAGGAAGGGUUACGAUGCAGCAUAUAGAAAGGUCUUGCUUUGUUAGUGAAAUUCAGUUGUGCACUCUUCUGAUAACAUUAGUACCUGUGGCAAUGUGUAACACAUCAUUGAAUAUCAUCUCCUGGAGGUGACUGAUAUUCAAUCCUGUGAAUAAAUCAAAAUGUAGAGGAUACUAUGCUGUAGAAAAGCUCUGCACCUAGAGUUUUACUUUUUUAAAGAUUAAUUCUGCUGGGAGAUGUUGCUAAUGUAUUUUCUUUCAAGAUGUGAACAAACUUUUUUAGAACAUUAACGGGAAUUCCUGUAUUGGUUUUUAACACAAUUUUUUUAAAUAAAGAGUUUACAGUCAUGGCUAAAA